CUAUUUAAUGAAACCAAAACAGUAUGCUUUGCAAGAAAGCUGUGUAUGCAGGGAUUUGGUCGAGGUAACAGCAUCAAUUAUUAUUUACUAUUUUAACUUUUUAGACACUCAAAUAUUUUGGAAAGUGUUUUUGUAUAUUUUUGCUUUUUUGAGUAAGAGCAUGCAUGCUACUGUAUGCUUUUAAUAAAUAUGCAUUUAAACACAAAACAACACAUAAUAUAACACAAGUGGUUCACUGGUUGGCUUCAGUGUGCAGAAUCUUCCAAUGCUGUCAUCAAAUUAAUAACAAAAACUUAUUUGUCUGGUAUGGUGUACAAACACUUGGGUUUAAGUCAUUGUAUUUGGUGCACUGCUUUUUUAACUUUGUAUUUUUUAUGAGAACAAUGCACAGUCUGAUACUUGAAAUGGAGUUGCACAGCAAAUUAACCAACAAUAUUCAGCAGUGGACUGAUCAGCAUUUUAAAAGCUCAAGCCACUUGAAGCUGGAAUUUAUCAAGUGACUAAAUGAAUUCAUCUACAUCAAGCUUACAUUGACUUCUAGUGUAUUUGCUGUCUGUCUCACCAGGCUCUUUUUAAAUUUUUGUGGCAGUUCUACAAGGUGGUUUAGAUUACAGAAAUGAGUCAGGUGAGCAACAUUAGUUAGAUAAUUAGCCUACACACUAAGCUAAGCAAAUGGCAAGUUGCUGCCCAGAAAAUUUGAACCAAGUUUUGGGGUCAGAAAUAUGCAACACCAUACCUAUACACAGAACUGAAACUUCUGAUCUGUACUCUCAAACAUAUCCAAUCGGUUUGGGAGUAGAAUAAAAAUUAAGAUAAAGCUGCCUAACAUUAGAAGAAAAAUAGGGGUAUAGGUGGGGAAAGGAAUUAAGGUCCAGCAAAAUGACUGGAAAGAGAUUCAUAGAAGAUCUCAAAAUCACAGAGUUUUAAAGAUGUAAGCUACCCCAUUUUGUGGCUUUAGGGAAAUUAGAUGACUGUGACUCUACCUUCAGAUGUGCUAAAAACGCCAGGACAAGCUGUGGGGGUUUUGUGCUGUUAAUAUACUGGUAUAAAGCUUGUUGCUGUACCUGUGUGCUUAAAUUGUUAUGCUACAUGCUCUCAUAACACAGCCUUUUAAGCAGAACUUUGUACAUCAGCUGAGUAAAUGCAGACAACUGUUAAAAUGCUACUUUUGGGGGGGGGAGAUUAAUGUCUAAUGAACACAGCAGCUGUUUAAGCACAAUACAAAGGUAUGGUAGCAAUUAGCUUACUGUCUCACCUGUGGCCCUCAAAUAAAAACUCUGAAUAUUAUUGUAGCCUCUCUUUGUGCUGCUGCUUUUCAUCUACAAGCCUCUGGGACCACGUACCUACGCCUUAACCUUUCCAGAUAAAAGAGCAGAUGGAUUCAAUCGGGUGUUGUACAUAGUUUUCUGUCCAAAAUACAGCAAUUUGAAUGUGAUGCUAGCUUCUGUAACAAAAAGCUGAAAUCAAGUGCCUCCUUGCUGGUUUAUAUAGCUGUGGAAUUGACUUUAAAAGCGUGUUUCUCGAGUGAAGCAGCAGCCUUGAAGAAAGAUGUGCUCCCUUCAGUCCUCAAGUAGCUUCUCCAUUCACUGUGCCCCUCAAGCACGGUUUCUGGGCUGCCCACAUCCUGGUCUGCAGAUGUCCUGCCUAACAAAUUCCUGUUAGAGUGUAGCUGUGGAGGGGAAGAAUGGGCUUUCUGAACUUGGCCAUCUGUGGCUCCAGCUUCACACCAACAAGAGCCCUGCUGAGGAAAGCACCAGCUGUCCCCAGGCUGAGGAUGCCCUUUAUAUCAAAAAGCAGCCUUUUAAUGGCAAGGCUUGAAAGCUUGGGUGUAUAAAGGAUCUCUUCCCAGAGAUAAGAGGCUGCUCAACAAUUUUUUGAGUGCUUCUGUUGAUCUCAGCCGUUGCUCUCUGCUGAGGCACCCAUUGAGGCCUUCAUCAUCUCCACAGGCAGAGGCAAUAGUGGGAAGGCGGGAAGCAGAGCUCCUCUGGAGACGCUAAUGGUGCAGCGGGGCAGAACUCCUGAGUUUGUUUCUUGCUUUUUCCUGAGUGGGUUCUGGGGUUUCUUUCUGGAUUUAUAGGGUUUUCGUCUGCGCCUUUUUUGGGGGAGUUAUUAUCUAAUACAACUGAGCUACUCCCAUUCACAAAGCUGGACCAUGCAGCAGGACACAACACAUUUCCAGGGGUACGUCUUCUGAGGAGAUGAGCUACACAGUUUUGAAAGCUCAUGUCAUUCAUGUCAUUAGAUGCUAGGAAAAAAUUCUCUACUCAGUGAGUGGUGAGGCGCUGGCACAGCUGCCCAGAGAAGCUGUGGUGCCCCAUUCCUGGAGGUGUUCAAGUCCAGGUUGCAUGGAGCCCUGGGCAGAUGAGCUGGUGGGGGCAGCCCUGCCCAUGGCACAGGGUUGCAACUCUAAGGUGCCUUCCAAUCUAUGAUUCCCAUUGUUAUCAGCAGGAGCAACAUGAAGAUAAAGGAACCAAGGCCUUAGGAUUGCCAUAGUUCUUCCUAAGGACGAGAAGUUAGCCCAGGGGUGUUAGAGCCCACCUUCCUGAGAAUUAGUGAGGACAGCACCUGGUGUUGUCCCAGCCCCGGACCCCAGAGGUCUUCUAGCUCUUGAACAAAGGGAGAGAGAGUCAAUUUCUGUUAAUGCAGUAAUACGGUUAAAAAUGAACAAAAAUGGGAGGCAUUUCAAUACGGCACCUCCAUGGGCUUGCAAGAAUCCAUAGGCAACACAGCCAUCAGUGGGAAAAUAACCUAAUCAAAAUAACCCAAACAAAAGCAAAGUGAAGUUCACACAACACCGAUUAAUUACAGCAUACCCGCUGUCACUGGCUGCAAAGCCAUUCGUAAGAAACCCGCCUUCUGCUGGCAUUCCAGCCAAGCAUCAACACCCAAAGAGGACUCUUUCAACAGCAAAUUAGCAGCGAGCGUGCUCAUAUUCCCGCGUAAGAAGAGCAGGCAAACAGCUGCACUACAGCUUACGAAAAGACAUUGCAGCCGCAAUCAGCCUUUGGCUCAGGGUUUUAACCCCCCGCUUUCCCACGUGAUCACGGAGAGGCGUGUCCCUCCAUAGGCCCCGCUCACUCGCUGCAUCGCCCCGGCAACGAGGCGAAGCGGCGGGGCGACGGUUCGCGGUUGGCAGCGCCGGGCCGGAGCGCUGCGGAUCUGCUGAGAAAUACCAUGCUCUUCUACCUCUCAGUGGAUCUCAAAAUACAUGUAAUUCAGAGGAGACCGGUGACCAUCCUGCUCUGUUAUGAGGAAACAUCCAGCAACCUUAGGCUAUCUGGAAGAAGGUUUCUCUAAAAAAAAUCAAAAGGCAAAAAAUCCUUCAAAAAUACAGAAGACAUCCAGAAUUUCAUAAACCUUUGGCAAUUGUUUAAUAAGAAAAAAUGAACCGUUACACAAUCAUGAAGCAGCUGGGUGAUGGCACCUAUGGCAGUGUCUUGAUGGGAAAGAGCAAUGAAUCAGGAGAGCUUGUGGCCAUCAAACGAAUGAAAAGGAAGUUCUAUUCAUGGGAUGAGUGCAUGAAUUUGAGAGAAGUCAAGUCUCUGAAGAAGCUAAAUCAUGCCAAUGUAAUAAAAUUGAAAGAAGUCAUAAGAGAAAAUGACCACCUUUACUUUGUGUUUGAAUACAUGAAGGAAAAUCUCUAUCAAUUGAUGAAGGACAGAAACAAGUUGUUCCCUGAGUCAGUCAUCAGAAACAUGAUGUAUCAGAUAUUGCAAGGGUUAGCUUUCAUCCAUAAACACGGAUUUUUUCAUAGAGACAUGAAGCCUGAAAACCUUCUUUGUAUUGGUCCAGAACUUGUAAAAAUAGCUGAUUUUGGUUUGGCUAGAGAGCUGAGAUCUCAGCCACCGUAUACAGAUUAUGUGUCCACCAGGUGGUACCGUGCUCCCGAAGUUCUGCUGCGAUCAUCCAUUUAUAGCUCACCUAUUGAUAUAUGGGCAGUUGGCAGCAUCAUGGCUGAGUUAUACACACUAAGACCCCUUUUCCCAGGCACAAGUGAAGUAGAUGAAAUCUUCAAAAUUUGCCAAGUGUUAGGGACUCCAAAGAAGAGUGACUGGCCAGAAGGAUACCACCUCUCUUCUGCCAUGAAUUUCCGUUUCCCACAGUGUGUCCCUAUAAGUUUAAAAACUCUCAUCCCAAAUGCAAGCAGUGAAGCCAUACAGCUUAUGAGUGAUAUGCUGAACUGGAAUCCAAAGAAGAGACCUACAGCAAGCCAGGCACUGAAGUACCCUUACUUUCAAGUUGGCCAAGUUUUAGGACCUCCCCCACAAUAUUUGGAGAAGCAGACUCCUAUUAAACCAGUGCAGCCAACAGAACCAAAGCCAACUUUACCCAAACUGGAAGCUGUAUCCAAGCCAGAGCCUCUGUCUUCACCUGAUGAACCUGACAAAACACAGCCACAGUCUCUGUCAAAGGCUAAUCACCAGCCUCUCCAGCAAAUUCAGUUGCCCCAGAAUACAGCUAACCAGCAAGUAUCAAAACAGCAGCAGACACAGGUGCAGCCAUUUUUUCCAGCUAUCAAUAAGGACUCAUCUGGGAAACAAGCAGCUAGUGGCCCUCAGAAUGGCACAGUAGGUCCUAAAAGUUGCAGGAGACGAUGGGGUCAGACUUUGAUAAAGGCUGUGGACAGUUGGGAUGAAUUGGAUGAUGCAGAAUUUGGAAUGUCGUGUUCAAAGAAGCCUAGCAUUGCACCGUUAAAAGAAAAGAAAAACAAGGAAUGUCUUUUUAGUGUGCCAGAACAAAAAGCUUCACAUUGUAUCCAGCCAGGAGCAGAAAAUAAAGGUGUAAUGAGAAAUGAUUCUGGAAGAUCCAAUACAACAGCAAAACAGUACUAUCUAAGACAAUCUAGGUAUCUGCCAGGUGUAAACCCUAAGACUGUCUCUUUAGUAGCAAUCAAUAAAGAAGGAUCUCAUGGAACCUGGAACAACCAGCUGUUUUCCAAGCCACUGGCACAUGUUGGAGGAUUGCCUUUCAACAGAAAUAAUACAGAAGAGAACUUAAUUACACCCAUUGAAAAACUAUCAUGCAAAGAAAGUUUGAAUGAAAAAUUAGAGGAUCCAAAAGGAAAUUCUGACUUUGUGGGAGGCGCUGCUUACAACCCAUCAGGAGGAUACAUCCCUUCCUUUCAUAAGAAAGAAGUGGGAUCAGCUGGACAACGGAUACAGCUAGCUCCUAUUGCUCCAUCUGUAUCUGAUUAUUCCUGGAAAACCAAAGCUGCUCGUGCUCAGUUAGCAGGUCCUACUUACAAUUCAGCAAAAAACAUGAAUAUUUUAACGCAUGCACCAACAAUUCAGCCAGUCCAUGGAAGAACAGACUGGAUGGCUAAAUAUGGAGGACACAGAUAG